AAUUUACAUAGGUAUUAAACGAGCUAGCCUAGAUGCAUGCAAAUAGUUCCGAAUACAAAAAUUACCUACUUAGCGCAUAGGACAUAGAAGAUGAAUGUGCUUAGUUCAAAACUAGACUGGAGAAUUCUUUUAACGCGUUUUAAAUAUACAAUCACUUAUCAAUAUCAUGUUCUAUUUUUACACAGGUUCCUAUAGAAAAUCUAAAACAUUAAUGACAAAAUAUACAUACAUUUGAUAAACCAUUUUUUUAUGUGACCACCCCAAAUAAUCCUUUCAACUUUUGGAAGCAUACACAUGUCUAGGCAUUAAGAGUAAACUAUAAUUACUAACUUAAAGCUUUUGAAUAAUAAAUUGAAUGCGUAAACAUAUUAUCAAUAUUUUGAAAUCAUCACCACAUGAAAUUCAAAAUGUGAAUGUACUUUCAAUCAGUUUAAUCAAUUUUUCUUGCUUGUAAACAACGAAAAUAUUUUCUCCACUUUAAAAAUAAAAAAUGCCUGAACGUUUUGAGAAGUUUAUUAAAAUUGCAAAUUUUUUUUACCUUUGUGUUGGCAUUGAGCCCUACAAAAACUCUAAUCAGACGUCUAAAAAUUCCAUCAUUCUAGCCCUUGUAUUCUAUAUCACAUCGAUAAAUUUAAAUUUCUAUUUUAUUUUCGAGUUGGUCUUUAUUUAUGUUGCUUUUAGCACGGGAACGAAUUUUACCGAAGCCAUUCAGACGGCUUCAUAUUCAGGCUUCAUUAUAACUUCCGAUUGUAAAAUGCUUUCGGUUUGGUACAAAAAGAAAGUUCUUACAAAUCUUAUUAAAAACUUAAAAGAAAUUUAUCCAAUUUCAAGAAAACAACAAACCGAUUAUAAUUUAAAGAACUACUUACGUGACGUUACAUUCGUUAUGUAUCUUUUCGUUUUUAUGUACAUGGUACUCAUAUGGUUCUUUAAUCUCUUCGCUAUUUUACAGUAUACCAUUGCCAUGGUGAUGGACAGACCAAUUGAACAAUUCUUGCCAUAUCAUGUGUGGUUGCCUUGGGAUUGGAAGAAUACGCCAUGGUAUUAUUUUCUCAAUGCUACCGAAAUAUUAGCCGGUUAUACAGCGGCUUCGGGAUUUAUAGCUUCGGAUUUAUUACUCUGUGCAUUAGUAACACAAAUUUGCAUGCAUUUAGAUUAUAUUCAUAGAAAAAUCGAAGAAUUCACACCGAAUGGAGGAAAAGAUGAUUUAAUAUAUCUGAAUAGAAUGAUUGCUUAUCAUCAGAAGAUACUUUACCUUACCGACGAUAUUAAUGCAGCUUUUGGGGUAUCCUUGCUUUUUAAUUUUUCAACUUCUUCGGUUAUUAUUUGUUUUGUUGGAGUUCAAGUAACAACAGGAGUUUUUAAUUUAGUUUCGUUGAAAUUUACGGUUUUUCUAAUUUCUUCGUUGUUUCAAGUCUUUCUUAUUUGUUACUAUGGUCAAAAGAUCACUUUAUCGAGUGAAAACAUUGCCAUUGGGCUAUACAGUCAGAAAUGGUACAAAAAUGCAACAACUUCGUAUAAAAGAACGCUGAUUCUUAUGAUGAAUAGAGCACAAAAGCCGGUGCAGUUGAAGGCUACCAUUGCUUUGCCUAUUUCUUUGAGGACAUUUACUGAAGCAAGUUCAAUUUUUAGUAAUAUUUUUCAAUUUAUGAGUAUCUUAAUCUAUUUAUUAAUUUAAUUAUUACUUUUUUAAAUCAACAACCACUUUUAUUGAAAGCAAAUAGUUUCACUGUAAUGGGGACUUUUCACAAGUCGAUUUUUGUCAUGCGGCGAAGCUUUUCGACUCGUGUGAACGUAAGUCGCAGGCGACUAAAGUGACAUCCCCAUAGAAAAAUCCUAGUCGACCGACAUAUCGUGCGGCUAAAAUCAACUCGUGAAAAGUCGGCAUAAUACUACAACUAGCUAACUUUAAAACAAUUUCACAACUACAUACAUUAAACUUACACGACCUAUUAUAUAGUACAGAAAGCUUCUACAUCAAGGU